CUCACCACUCCAAAACGAUGUUCGCCACCGCCGCGCGCCGCACCCUCACCGGCCUCGUUCCCCCCAAGAUCGCCACCCCGGGCGCCGUCUCGUCGGGCACGACCUCGGCCCGCACCCAGGCCGUCAUCGACUUCUACUCCAAGCUCCCCAAGGGCCCUCUCCCGGCCUCGGAGCGUGCCGGUGGCCUCCGCGGCAAGUUCUUCGAGGGCGCCAACGCCUCGGGCAAGCCUCUCCUCGCUGCCAUCUUCACCCUCUUCACCGUAGGAUACGUUAUCGACUAUCAGAUGCACCUCAAGCACCACAAGAACGCGCACCACUAGACGAAUACGGACACGCUGUUUUUGGUGGAGAUGGAAUAAGAUGAAAGGAACGGUUGGGUGGGGGUGGUGUAGCGCAGGCUGGUAGGGGCCUCUGAAGGCUCGAAGCAGUCGAGGGAGCGCGCAACUGGCGUGGAGUUGAUGGUGAGGUAAGCGGUGGGAGCGCGGAGAGGUUGUCGAGAGUGCGUGCGCAUCGUGUACCAUCCUAGGUGCGCUGGGUGUGGCAUCCGAGCGCUGCUCUCCAUGCUCGGUUGGACUAUCGGGCAGCAGCAAGUCAGACGCCCUCAGCUGCAACGCUUCUCGUGAUCUCGUUCACAUCACUCUCCGUGCUAUCGCACUACGCGUUU